GAGAGAUAUCACUGUUAUCUGUGGUGUUACAUAGGACUGCAGGUCACAUCUAUACAUUAUCUGUACUCAGAGAGUUAUCACUGUUAUCUGUGGUGUUACAUAGGACUGCAAGUCACAUUUACUACAUAAACUUUACUCAGAGAGUUAUCACUGUGUUAUCGCCGUGUUAAUCACUGCCUGACAUUUACGUCAUAUGUCCAUAAGGGGUUAAACAAAAGUGUGAGAAUUUACUUGUUUCUUCAUGUUGCAGCGUUUCCUUGAAAAGGGGUAUGAUCAGACCCGCUCCCAGAUCGUGAAGAAGGACAUUGUCCACUCCCUAAUGCGGGAGCUGAGGAGAAAACACGGCGGCAGACAUGACCGCAUGGCGGUCUUAAAAAAAUGGUCGGACCUAAAGAGGCGACACAUGGAUCGGGUCCGACAAAUACGGGACCAGUAUCACCCAGGAGCUACUCUAGCCACGGUCCGUCCAAAGCGGACCAGGCGACAGGCCGAGGCAGAGGAGGAGGAGGAGGAGGAGGAGGAGGAGGGGAUCAUCCUGGAGGAGGAAGAGGAGGGGAUCAUCCUGGAGGAGGAAGAGGAGGGGAUCAUCCUGGAGGAGGAGGAGGAGACACAGGAGCAGGAGGAGGAACAGCCAGGGCCCUCCCACAUGGCCCAAGCCAUACCACCACCACCACCACCAGCAGCACCACAGGAGGGAGAGGAGGGGAAUUCCUCCCCACUCUCCAGUCAAGAUGUGGCCUACACUCCAAAUCAGGAGAUUGCGCAACAAUUAAAAAAGGAAAUAAAAAAAAUAAAAAAAGACCAUGAAAAAAUGAGAAAGGACAUGAUGAGGAUGGCGCGGAAAAUAACGGGAUUGGAGGAGUUGAUUAAUAAGUUAACAUAGUUUUUUUUUUUUGGUUGUUAUAUUUAUUUCUUCUUUUUCUUUAA